AUGGGUAAGAUUUAUAUAUUUUUAAAACCGUACUUGAAAAUAUACAAUUCUUACUCAAGAUUACAAACUUAUGUUGAAACUGGUUUAGUCAAAUGUCAUUUCAAUGAAUCAAUCAACAAUGCAGAUUCAAUUCAAUUGUUACAGUAUAAUUUUGAAAUGCUAAUAACUCGUUUGCAUUUAAGAAUUAAAGCAUUAUCUAGUUCACCAAUUACUGGGUCAUCUAAGGAAGAUGUGAAAGAAAUCAUCAGCAGAUUUAACAAACAAAGAGUAACAUUUAAACCCAAAAUUGAAAACUAUUUGGUAAAAUAUGUUAAAGCUAUAGAGAAAAUGGUAUAUGUAAAUGAAGUUGGUAACUUUAAUGAAUUCCAAAAACACUUAAAGAACCAAAACCAAAGUGUCAAAAAUGGUCAAAAUUUUAGCCUAAAUUAG